AUGCCCAAGGUCCACGUCCGCCCACCGGCACCCAUCUUGCCCAAAGCGGGGGCUCGCAACAUUCUUGUCACGAGUGCGCUGCCUUAUGUCAAUAAUGUGCCGCACUUGGGCAACAUUAUUGGUUGCGUCCUCUCAGCCGAUGUUUAUGCCCGGUUUGCGCGCAAUCAGGGCCAUACCGUCCUCUUUGUGUGCGGCACAGACGAAUAUGGCACAGCAACGGAAACCAAGGCGCUGGCCGAGGGCAUGACCCCUCGGGAGAUCUGCGACAAGUACCACGCCAUCCACAAGGGUGUUUACGAGUGGUUCAACAUUAGCUUUGACCACUUUGGUCGCACCAGCACGCCGCUGCAAACCGAGAUUUGCCAAGACAUCUUCAAAAAGUGCUACGCCAAUGGCUUUGUUCAACAAAAGGACGAGCAACAGUGGUACUGCACAUCCUGUGAAACGUUCCUGGCAGAUCGUUUUGUGGAGGGCAUCUGUCCUGAUUGCGGCUACGACGAUGCCCGUGGAGACCAGUGUGACGAGUGCGGACACACGUUUGAUGCCAUCAAGCUCAAGUCGCCGCGUUGCCGUUACCGCAAGGACUGCAAUAAGGCACCCGAGCUGCGCACUUCCCGCCACCUCUACUUGCAGCUGGAUAAGCUCCAGCCUCUCACCGAGAAGUGGUAUGCCGAGUCAAACGAUAAGCAUGCCUGGAGCAAGAUCGCGCAGGACAUCUCGCGCAACUGGUUCAACAUGGGCCUCGAGGCACGCGCCAUUACGCGUGACCUCAAGUGGGGCAUCCCUGUGCCGCUUGAGGGAUUCACCGAAAAGGUGUUUUACGUUUGGUUUGAUGCGCCCAUUGGCUACAUCUCCAUCACGGCCAACUACACGGAUCAAUGGGAGCAGUGGUGGAAGAACCCAGAGAACGUCGAGUUGUUCCAGUUUAUGGCCAAGGAUAACGUGCCAUUCCACUCCAUUGUCUUCCCAUCUGCCCUUCUCGCAUCUCAGGACAACUGGACGAUGCUGAAUCAUCUGAACGCCGUGCAGUACCUCAACUAUGAAGGAACUCAGUUUUCCAAGAGCCGUGGGGUUGGCGUGUUUGGCGACUCGGCUCGUGACUCGGGAUUGGCCGCGGAUGUAUACCGCUUCUAUCUUCUCUACAUGCGACCUGAAGCUUCCGAUGCCAACUUUGACUGGGAGGAUCUGGUGGCCAAGCACAACAACGAGCUGCUCAACAAUUUGGGCAACUUUGCCAACCGGGCUCUCUCUUUUUGCAAGCGCUUUUUUGACGGCAAAGUGCCCAAGAUCGCGCUUGAUGACACCGCUGUCGAGGCCGUGGCACAGGUCAACACCGAGCUGCGUGCCUACACCGAGGGUAUGGAGUCCCAGGUUCGGAUCCGUGAUGCCAUUCGUGGCAUCUUGUCCGUGUCCCGCAUCGGCAACCAAUACUUGCAGAGCACCAUGCCUUGGAAGCUGGUGAAGAACCCCGAAACAGCAGCUCAGGCUGGCUCCAUCGUGGGCGUCGUUCUGAAUUUGACCUACUUGAUUGCGCUCAUGCUCGAGCCCAUCAUGCCGGACACGGCCCAGGAGCUGCUGCAGCAAAUUGGUGCUGAGCGCCGAUUUUUGCCAUCAGCCUUUGCGCCUUUGUUGGACGAAGGCCACGUCAUCGGGGAGCCCAAGCCCCUGUUUGAGAAAAUUGACCCUGAUAUGGCCAAGGAGUGGCGCUCUCGCUACGGUGGACGUCAAGCCAAGGCACCCGAAGCGCCCAAGGUGGAGUUGCUACCCACGGAUCGCAAACGUAAGACUUGGUCGGACAGAUGCGGCAAUAGGUUUUGGCAUCCAAUCUCAUUUGAUUCACUGCUGCGAUGA